AUGGCUGGAACUAAUUUAGAACUCACCGGUUUUCUGCUCCUUGCGCUCACAACUCUGACUUUGGCGAUUCCGCCGCGACGACCACGCCUAGAUGGCCGUAUAGUGGGCGGCCAGGAGGCGAACAUUAAGGAUAUUCCCUACCAGGUCUCUCUUCAGCGGAGCUAUCACUUCUGCGGCGGCAGCCUGAUUGCCCAGGGUUGGGUUCUAACCGCCGCCCACUGCACCCAGGGCUCUGCCAUCGAAUUCUCCCAGGUACGGAUUGGCUCCUCGCGUACUGCUGAUGGGGGCAUCCUGGUCGGUAUCAAGCGGGUGCACAGGCAUCCCAAAUUCGAUGCCUAUACCAUCGACUUUGACUUUUCGUUGCUGGAGCUGGAGGAGUACAGUGCCGCGAAUAUAACGCAGGCCUUUGUGGGACUGCCCGACCAGGAUGCAGACAUUGCGGAUGGCACUCCCACUCUGGUGUCGGGUUGGGGUAACACACAGAAUGCCCUGGAGUCUGCGGCCGUACUGAGAGCAGUCACCGUGCCGAAAGUGAGUCAACUGGAGUGCACGGAUGCGUAUGGAGGAUUUGGCACCAUCACGGAUCGUAUGCUGUGCGCUGGACUCCCUGAGGGUGGCAAGGAUGCCUGCCAGGGAGACUCCGGUGGACCCCUCGCCGCCGACGGAGUGUUGUGGGGCGUCGUUUCCUGGGGUUACGGGUGCGCCAGGCCGAAAUAUCCGGGUGUCUACUCACGUGUGGCGUCCGUAAGGGAGUGGAUCGCCUCGGUCAGUGGUGUUUGAGUUUUUUUUUAUAUCCCUGGAAAGGGGAUCGGUGUUUAUAGGGCAUAUAUUUUUAAACUUUAUCAUAAUUGUAAAACGCUGGUUGCUCAAAACCUAAUAAAGGUAAAUGUACUCAA